GAGGGGGGGGAGCGCGCGAGCGAGUGAGUGGCUGAGUGAGUUUACCCCUAUGAGGCGGUGAGAGGCCCGGGGCCUACCUCAGAGGAGCGGGGUCGCGGCGCCAGCUAGCAGCGGGCCCCCUCCUGGUCCCCGGGCCCGGCGGCGCGGCGGCGGUUCGCUUGUGAGGAGGCGGGGAAGUGAGUGUCCGGCCCCAGCCAUGGAGGGCAUGGACGUGGACCUGGACCCCGAGCUGAUGCAGAAGUUCAGCUGCCUGGGCACCACCGACAAGGACGUGCUCAUCUCCGAGUUCCAGCGGUUGCUCGGUUUCCAGCUCAACCCGGCCGGCUGCGCCUUCUUCCUGGACAUGACCAACUGGAACCUGCAAGCAGCAAUUGGCGCCUAUUAUGACUUUGAGAGCCCAAACAUCAGUGUGCCCUCUAUGUCCUUUGUUGAAGAUGUCACCAUAGGAGAAGGAGAGUCAAUACCUCCUGACACUCAGUUUAUAAAAACAUGGCGGAUCCAAAAUUCUGGGGCAGAGGCCUGGCCUCCAGGGGUUUGUCUUAAAUAUGUCGGGGGAGACCAAUUUGGACAUGUGAACAUGGUGAUGGUGAGAUCGCUAGAGCCCCAAGAGAUUGCAGAUGUCAGCGUCCAGAUGUGCAGCCCCAGCAGAGCAGGAAUGUAUCAGGGACAGUGGCGGAUGUGCACUGCUACAGGACUCUACUAUGGAGAUGUCAUCUGGGUCAUUCUCAGUGUGGAGGUGGGUGGACUUUUAGGAGUAACGCAGCAGCUGUCAUCUUUUGAAACGGAGUUCAACACACAGCCACAUCGCAAGGUAGAAGGAAACUUCAACCCGUUUGCCUCUCCCCAAAAGAACCGACAAUCAGAUGAAAACAACUUAAAAGACCCUGGGGGUUCCGGGUUCGACUCGAUCAGCAAAAACACAUGGGCUCCUGCUCCUGACCAAACCGAGCAAGAUGAGAAUAGACUCUCACAGAACUCUGUAAAUCUGUCCCCCAGCAGUCACGCAAACAACUUAUCAGUAGUGACUUACAGUAAGGGGCUCCACGGGCCUUACCCCUUCGGCCAGUCUUAAACGGGUAUCAGCAAGAAGAAAAAUUAACAAAAGACAGAAGGCUUGACUUUGGGGGGGAAGGGCAAGGGGUUCCUCUGGAUUGCAGACCACAUCGCAUGGACCCCUGGCUCUGACCCCCAUCCUGGAAGAAGAGGAAGAAGCAGAACAGACUAGUUUUGAGUAAACUCAGUAUGCAUGUGUGGAUGCUGAACCCAGGAAUGGUGUUGAGGCUACCAAGAAGAAAUCCAUGCAGCCACUUUGGGUUUUGUUUAUUAGGUGUCAGUCUCUAACAAGUGAUUAGGUCACUCGGGAAGGAAAAAAAGUUUUAAAUGGGGGAAAAAAAGCCAUCUUUUUAAGCAAAAAUUAUUUUGCCUACAGACAGGUUGUAGUUUUGAGCACAUGUUAAUUUUUUCCCCUCUUUCCCCACCUUUAUUUUUUUAGAUAAGGAAUAACAUACUCUUUAUAGAAUAGCUGCUUGCUCUGGAAGCAAUUCAGGUUAAAAGCUGGCGGGGCAUGUUUGGGGACUCUGCGGGUCAGUGCCAUUGGAGGACAUCUGCCGUCCCACAGGACUCCACACGUCUCUGACCCCAUUUGUUUUUAAUGGCAUCAGCCAAUGAAUUAUCACCCCUUUCCUCCUCUUUUCUCUUUAAUCUUCUGUUGAUUUACACCUUUGGCAUUUGUAUUCGUCAGCCCUGUGGCUCGUUACCACCAGAACCUCCCUGAAGACCAAACUUCCCUGUGUGGCCUGCAGAGGAAGCCGUUAGGACAGCUCUCGAGUGACAUGGGAGUUUCUGGGGCCGAGAGGUGUCCUUCUCCACACUCUUGUAACAGUUCAAAUUGCUCUCCUCCCAUGUUUCUCUUGGCAGAGAGAAAUGCCAUCGUGCUUACUGCUGUCUUGGAUUCUUUGUCUCCCCAUUCACUGGGAAGAGAGCCUCCGUGCUGCAUGUAUGCGUGUGUGCAUACACGCGGGUGUUGAUGCAGCUCACCAGCAAGUGUGCAGCAAGCGAGUGUGAAGGUGUCCCUGCUUCCCUAUUGUCACACAGCUCCCUUCCCUGUGUUUCCUUCCACUUGUCUUUUGUGGUGUUAGUGGAGGCUGAGCUGUUAAAGUAUGAAAAUGGAGCCCCAGAUGGGGAACUUGCCAUGGGGAAGGGCCACGGUUAGCAACUCUGUGAUCUUGGAGGCCAUGUUUUGAUGGAAAUGAAAGGACUCCUGCCCUGAGCAGGAGGUGUAGUUGUUGGGAGGUGGGGGCAAGGAGCAGCCCAGCCAGAGCACAAGCUGAUUGGCUGGCUGUGCACUUGGACAGGUUGCCCCCGCUGGGAUCCUGUGGAUUCUGAGCAGGUGAGAUGUGGGUUUCUCCAUGGGAAGCUAAAACCAGGCUAGAACAGCUGUCUGCCAAAGAUACGAGAAUAUGCAAAGUCCCUCUUCUCACCCCCUCCUUCUCUGAGUCUUGGUUGGUUUAAUAGCCGGGGAUAUGGUGCAGGGUCCCUGCCUGUUUCCAGCCCACCCCCCGAGCCCUGGGGGUAUGAGACAAGCAGGGAGACCAGGUCCGCAAGCGGCUGCAAGGGGUCAUAUAGCCUGGGUGUGGGUGAGGGUCUGCCUGCCUGUGUCUGGGUGUCUGAGUUCCAAAAGUGUGUUGUUUGUUCCUCCUCAUCCUCUUCUGAGACUGUGGUUUUUAUUUUUUAAGCUUGAUUGUGAGAGAAAAGCUUGUACGAAAUUCCCCAUUUGCCUCCCCACCUCCCCAGAAAUAAAAGGGGAGUAAACAUUGGUCCUGGGGAGGGUGCAGCCAACCUGCUGAGAAGGCAGUGCUCUCCAGAGCACCUACUUUCUAUGCACACGAAGAGCACCCCAUCCCCAGCAGAGCAGACAGGGGUCCCUGCCAGUGCCCAGGCCACCACAGGCCCAAGCCAAGGGCUCACCAUGGCUUUUUGUUUGAGGGCCCUACAAGGCCCAGACUGCUGCCACUGUUGGUGCCAACCUCCUGGGACACCCGCCAUCCUGGAGCCCCCACAUGCCCAGCUGUUCUCCUCACUUGAUAUCCCUCAAAGCAUCACAUCUUCAGCUGCCCCAGCAGGAGCACGGGAGGCUUUACAGUAUCUGGUUUCCUGACCUGCCUCACACUAGGUGUCCCUGCCGCCUUCCCCAGGAGGGGCUGCCUGCCCUUGUUCAGUGGCCUCCUAGGUCACUGUCAGUGGGUCUGGCCCUGCCAGGGGGCUCCCGCUCCUCCUCUUGCUUUUAGGCAACCUCACCCCCAAAGUGACUGUCCCAAGCACAUUGGUUUCCCUCCCAAGAGCAGACUGUCUCUGUGCAUGUCCUUGGGCAGGUAAGCUCCUUGCAGAGGCCAGAGCAAUCGCAAGCCGUGGGGCAGGGGCAGGAGAAGUGCAUGGCUCCUCGGACCUGGAGGCUGUUGGUACCACUCACGCUGCCUUGUCUUACAGGUUUAGGGUCUGUGCAGCUCCCGGAGCCCCCCCUCUGCCUCCAGGCAGGACCACCAGGGUCUGACCCCCGCAAGGUGAGGCAGGCACCAUCCUUAAGGACCUGAGCCCAGCAGGGGAGGCAGAGGGGCUCAGGCUUGGAAAGAACCUAUCUUGUGCAUGGAGUGAGGUGUGUGUGGACGUGUGUGCACGCGUGCAUGCUUUUUUUCUUUUUGCCAUGGGGACAGUUGAAUUUGAGGCAUUUUUCUAUGAGAAACAGCCGCCUCUUCCCCCAGCAAGGACUGGCUGUAACCUUAAGUCCAUCAGAGGCAUGUCCAACCUGGAGAGAGCCUCACCAAGAUAGCUGGUGUGGCCUGAGGGCAGCCAGGGUAGGAAGUGGGCAUAAAAAUAACCAGCUCCCCAAAUUCAGCGUGAGCCCUAGCAGGAGAGGGUGGUGGGGUUGCCAGGGCCCAGAAAUACAAGCUGAUUCACCCACACUCCCACCCAACCCCUUGCCUUUCGUUUCCUUGGGUGAAUGCUGGAGCUGCAGUGGCUGCCUCCUCUACCUGGGCAGUGGUGGUGUAGCAGGCUGGGUGGUGUUUGGUGGGGUGUCAUGGUGCCUGGGAGGAAAUGGAGAUGAGGAGGUUUUUCCUUACUGUAUAAAUGAAUAUUUGUAUGAUUAAAUUAACACACCAAAAAAUCCACCCCUA